GAAUCCAUCAUCGUAUCAUAUCCCUUUAUCAGUGUGACCGCUCCAUUUCACUUCAACUCUUCAGCUCACCCCCCGUGAAGUGCGAAACCAACCAACCAACACAACUCCGGCAAUGCUGAUGCUUACGCUCACCGCUUCUUCUUCUUCCGCCGCCGUAUUUCCACUAUCCUCCUAUUUCUCCAUUUCACGUUCGUCCUCAUCCUCUCUCAAUCUUGCUAAUCUAUCAAGAUCAAGCAAGCCCACAUAUCCAUCCGCCGUUUCACUGAAAGUGCUAGCAUCAUCUUCGCCCAUGAUUGAGAAAGAAACGCCCGAGACCCAACGACCCAAAACUUUCCUCAGAGAAACCGACGACAAUCAUUCCCAGAACUCGAAUUCAAAUUCGAAUUCGGUUAGAGCUCGAUUCGAGAAGAUGAUUAGAGAGGUACAGGACAGCGUCUGCUCGUCCAUAGAGGCCGUGGACCAAGGUGGAAAGUUCAACGAAGAUGUAUGGUCCAGGCCUGGUGGUGGUGGCGGAAUCAGCAGGGUUUUGCAGGAUGGUGCUGUUUGGGAAAAGGCUGGUGUCAAUGUUUCUGUUGUCUACGGAGUUAUGCCUCCCGAGGCUUAUAGAGCUGCCAACCCCUUGCAAAAUGGCAAUACUAUGCCUGGUCCAGUUCCCUUUUUCGCUGCAGGAAUCAGCUCGGUUCUGCAUCCAAAGAACCCUUUUGCUCCUACCUUGCAUUUCAAUUAUCGGUAUUUUGAGACUGAUGCUCCAAAAGAUGCUCCAGGAGCACCAAGACAAUGGUGGUUUGGUGGGGGUACAGAUUUUACUCCUGCUUAUAUUUUUGAGGAGGAUGUCAUGCAUUUUCAUUCGAUACAAAAAAGGGCGUGUGACAAGUUUGAUGCUAGCUUCUAUCCACGAUUCAAGAAAUGGUGCGAUGAUUAUUUCUACAUAAAGCAUCGCGGGGAGAGACGAGGUCUUGGGGGUAUAUUUUUUGAUGAUUUGAACGAUUAUGAUCAAGAGAUGCUUCUUUCCUUUGCUACUGAGUGCGCAAAUACUGUAAUUCCUGCGUAUAUACCCAUAAUAGAGAAGAGGAAGGAUAUGCCAUUUACUGACAGACACAAGGCAUGGCAGCAACUGCGUAGAGGACGCUAUGUUGAAUUCAACUUGGUUUAUGAUCGAGGCACUACAUUUGGUCUCAAGACCGGAGGAAGAAUUGAGAGUAUUCUUGUCUCACUUCCCCUAACUGCACGUUGGGAAUAUGACCACCAACCAGAAGAGGGGAGUGAGGAAUGGAAACUGCUGGAUGCAUGCAUUAACCCCAAGGAAUGGAUAUGAGAUUUUUCUAUUAAUGUUGGCUCGUCCUGUUUUUAUUUUAGUUAUUUUCAUAGCAAUGUUGAUAUAGAAAACCCUAGUAGGGAUUGGUAUUUUAUUGAGGUUUAGGCCAUCUCAUCUGUACACAAUGAGGAAAAAUUUGUGAUAUAUUGUGUGCUUCGGUUGUCAUCUUUCAAGAGGGCAUGAAUUUUUUUAGAAUAAUUUAACA